GCAUGGGAAUACAACUCUUUAACAGUGUAAAAAACUCAGUAUGCAUGAAAUAGCAUUUCACCCCCCCUUUAAUAGAGACUUUAAGACCUGAAGCGGGACAGAAAAGGUUAAGAGUUCUGCGUCAUGUUCAGCAACUGCAAUUCUUAAAGCAGCAAAAAUAACCUUAUAACCCAGCUGUUGUGAUGUCUGAUAAUCAAAGCACAAAAAAAAAGACAAAAUCAAAACCAUUUGUAGCUUUAAGGAUUCAUCUAUAUAUAAUUUAGAAUUUAGUGUUUGACAACUUUAGAAAAUUCCUGCAUAUUUAAUUCUUUCUGAAGGGAGCAGGUAAAUCUGACAUUUAUUAUAUAUGGGUUUAUGUGAAGUUCACUUAAAUUAGAAAGUUUUUUUCGAGUAUAAUAAAUGUUCAAAUUUAUAGCUCUCAGUUAGUGCUCUGAUGGCAGUAUUUUAUUUUUUUAAACAUUUUAAUCUUUUUUAAAAAUGUAAAAAAUCUAAAACAUUUAUCUUUCCUUCUGAUUGCCAUCAAACCCUAACAAAGUAACAAACAGACGAGACACUUGUUUUGUGAGUGCUCAGUUUCCUCUUAAAGUACAGAGGCUUCACCUAACAAAAAAUGUCUGCAGUCAGAUAGUCUGCAGGCAGUCAGAUCUCCGCUCUUUAUAAUAAAAUACCAGCUGAGACUGGACACCAAAUCAAGUCCUCUCAGGCAUGGCAUCUGUUUCAAUGAUUCUGAGAAUCAUAAUCAUGUUGUACGUGACUACAUCAUUGAAAAUACAAAGCCUGAGUCAUGCACAGACAGUGAGCAAGGAAAUGCUUGGUGUAAAUACAUGGCAAACAACACUGCCACCUUACCUGGAUGAAAUUGGAAACAACUUAAAACAAGAACGACAGUCAAAUUGGAAAUCAUUCAAAUACUUGAUCAGCAUCAAAAUAAAUGCUUCAAGGCAAAUGGUACAGGAUCACCUGAGGACACUUCUUAAAGGAUACUCAUUUCCAUAUAGCGUCCGCCCAAAUAUCACCAUAACCAAUGUGAAUCUCAAUACAACUCAACCUCUAAAACUGUUCAAAUACUCAACUGACAUAAGAAUUAAAGCACAACGAGGAGCUGUGAUAGAGAAAUUGAGGGACCUGAUACACAAACAGAAAUACCCUGUGUGCAUCAAGAAAAGCUUGAAAAUAUCUACUGUUAACAUCACUACAGUGUGUGCCUCAAAUGUGAACCAAACCCAGUGUAAGUGUGAGAAUCAGUACGUUUGGUCCUCUGAACAAUGCUCUAAACAUGGUGUUUGUGGCCCCAAUCAUAAUGAUACCUGCAGAUGCAUCUCUUCUCUUCCAACUGACGGGACGUUCUGCCGGCGACCACCUGCUCCUCUGAAGUCGUUUAAAUAUUCCAUUGACAUAAAAAUCAAUGCUUCAAGAGACUUUGUGAUAGAGCGCUUGAGGGCUUUGAUUCAUGGACAGAAAUUUCCCCAAUGUGUCAAAAAAGGGAUACAAAUCUCUGGUGUGGACAUCACUACAGUGUGUCUCUCAAAUGUGAACCAAACCCAGUGUAAAUGUGAGAAUCAGUUCGUUUGGUCCUCUGAACAAUGCUCUAAACAUGGUGUUUGUGGCCCCAAUCAUAAUGAUACCUGCAGAUGCAUCUCUUCUCUUCCAACUGACGGGACGUUCUGCCGGCGACGACCUACUCCUCUGAAGUCGUUUAAAUAUUCCAUUGACAUAAAAAUCAAUGCUUCAAGAGACGUUGUGAUAGAGCGCUUGAGGACUUUGAUUCAUGGACAGAAAUUCCCCACAUGUGUCAAAAAAGGCAUAAAAAUCUCUGGUGUGGACAUGACUACAGUGUGUCUCUCAAAUGUGAACCAAACCCAGUGUAAGUGUGAGAAUCAGUACGUUUGGUCCUCUGAACAAUGCUCUAAACAUGGUGUUUGUGGCCCCAAUCAUAAUGAUACCUGCAGAUGCAUCUCUUCUCUUCCAACUGACGGGACGUUCUGCCGGCGACCACCUGCUCCUCUGAAGUCGUUUAAAUAUUCCAUUGACAUAAAAAUCAAUGCUUCAAGAGACGUUGUGAUAGAGCGCUUGAGGGCUUUGAUUCAUGGACAGAAAUUCCCCACAUGUGUCAAAAAAGGCAUUAAAAUAUCUGGUGUGGACAUCACUACAGUGUGUCUCUCAAAUGUGAACCAAACCCAGUGUAAGUGUGAGAAUCAGUACGUUUGGUCCUCUGAACAAUGCUCUAAACAUGGUGUUUGUGGCCCCAAUCAUAAUGAUACCUGCAGAUGCAUCUCUUCUCUUCCAACUGACGGGACGUUCUGCUGGCGACCACCUGCUCGUCUGAAGUCGUUUAAAUAUUCCAUUGACAUAAAAAUCAAUGCUUCAAGAGACGUUGUGAUAGAGCGCUUGAGGACUUUGAUUCAUGGACAGAAAUUCCCCACAUGUGUCAAAAAAGGCAUUAAAAUAUCUGGUGUGGGUAUCACUACAGUGUGUCUUUCAAAUGUGAACCAAACCCAGUGUAAGUGUGAGAAUCAGUACGUUUGGUCCUCUGAACAAUGCUCUAAACAUGGUGUUUGUGGCCCCAAUCAUAAUGAUACCUGGAGAUGCAUCUCUUCUCUUCCAACUGACGUGACAUUCUGCUGGCGACCACCUGCUCCUCUGAAGUCGUUUAAAUAUUCCAUUGACAUAAAAAUCAAUGCUUCAAGAGACGUUGUGAUAGAGCGCUUGAGGGCUUUGAUUCAUGGACAGAAAUUCCCCACAUGUGUCAUAAAAGGCAUAAAAAUAUCUGGUGUGGGUAUCACUACAGUGUGUCUCUCAAAUGUGAACCAAACCCAGUGUAAGUGUGAGAACCAGUAUGUUUGGUCCUCUGAACAAUGCUCUAAACAUGGUGUUUGUGGCCCCAAUCAUAAUGAUACCUGCAGAUGCAUCUCUUCUCUUCCAACUGACGUGACGUUCUGCCGGCGACCACCUGCUCCUCUGAAGUCGUUUAAAUAUUCCAUUGACAUAAAAAUCAAUGCUUCAAGAGACGUUGUGAUAGAGCGCUUGAGGACUUUGAUUCAUGGACAGAAAUUCCCCACAUGUGUCAAAAAAGGCAUAAAAAUAUCUGGUGUGGGUAUCACUACAGUGUGUCUUUCAAAUGUGAACCAAACCCAGUGUAAAUGUGAGAACCAGUACGUUUGGUCCUCUGAACAAUGCUCUAAACAUGGUGUUUGUGGCCCCAAUCAUAAUGAUACCUGCAGAUGCAUCUCUUCUCUUCCAACUGACGGGACGUUCUGCCAGCGACCACCUGCUCCUCUGAAGUCGUUUAAAUACACCAUUGACAUAAAAAUCAAUGCUACAAGAGACGUUGUGAUAGAGCGCUUGAGGACUUUGAUUCAUGGACAGAAAUUGCCCACAUGUGUCAAAAAAGGCAUACAAAUCUCUGAUGUGGACAUGACUACAGUGUGUCUCUCAAAUGUGAACCAAACCCAGUGUAAGUGUGAGAACCAGUACGUUUGGUCCUCUGAACAAUGCUCUAAACAUGGUGUUUGUGGCCCCAAUCAUAAUGAUACCUGCAGAUGCAUCUCUUCUCUUCCAACUGACGGGACGUUCUGCCGGCGACCACCUGCUCCUCUGAAGUCGUUUAAAUAUUCCAUUGACAUAAAAAUCAAUGCUUCAAGAGACGUUGUGAUAGAGCGCUUGAGGGCUUUGAUUCAUGGACAGAAAUUCCCCACAUGUGUCAAAAAGGGCAUAAAAAUAUCUGGUGUGGGUAUCACUACAGUGUGUCUCUCAAAUGUGAACCAAACCCAGUGUAAGUGUGAGAAUCAGUACGUUUGGUCCUCUGAACAAUGCUCUAAACAUGGUGUUUGUGGCCCCAAUCAUAAUGAUACCUGCAGAUGCAUCUCUUCUCUUCCAACUGACGGGACGUUCUGCCGGCGACCACCUGCUCGUCUGAAGUCGUUUAAAUAUUCCAUUGACAUAAAAAUCAAUGCUUCAAGAGACGUUGUGAUAGAGCGCUUGAGGGCUUUGAUUCAUGGACAGAAAUUCCCCACAUGUGUCAUAAAAGGCAUAAAAAUAUCUGGUGUGGACAUCACUACAGUUUGUCUCUCAAAUUCAAACCAAACCCAGUGUAAGUGUGAGAACCAAUACGUUUGGUCCUCUGAACAAUGCUCUAAACAUGGUGUUUGUGGCCCCAAUCAUAAUGAUACCUGCAGAUGCAUCUCUUCUCUUCCAACUGACGGGACGUUCUGCCGGCGACCACCUGCUCCUCUGAAGUCGUUUAAAUAUUCCAUUGACAUAAAAAUCAAUGCUUCAAGAGACGUUGUGAUAGAGCGCUUGAGGACUUUGAUUCAUGGACAGAAAUUCCCCACAUGUGUCAAAAAAGGCAUAAAAAUAUCUGGUGUGGGUAUCACUACAGUGUGUCUUUCAAAUGUGAACCAAACCCAGUGUAAAUGUGAGAAUCAGUACGUUUGGUCCUCUGAACAAUGCUCUAAACAUGGUGUUUGUGGCCCCAAUCAUAAUGAUACCUGCAGAUGCAUCUCUUCUCUUCCAACUGACGGGACGUUCUGCCAGCGACCACCUGCUCCUCUGAAGUCGUUUAAAUACACCAUUGACAUAAAAAUCAAUGCUACAAGAGACGUUGUGAUAGAGCGCUUGAGGACUUUGAUUCAUGGACAGAAAUUGCCCACAUGUGUCAAAAAAGGCAUACAAAUCUCUGAUGUGGACAUGACUACAGUGUGUCUCUCAAAUGUGAACCAAACCCAGUGUAAGUGUGAGAACCAGUACGUUUGGUCCUCUGAACAAUGCUCUAAACAUGGUGUUUGUGGCCCCAAUCAUAAUGAUACCUGCAGAUGCAUCUCUUCUCUUCCAACUGACGGGACGUUCUGCCAGCGACCACCUGCUCCUCUGAAGUCGUUUAAAUACACCAUUGACAUAAAAAUCAAUGCUACAAGAGACGUUGUGAUAGAGCGCUUGAGGACUUUGAUUCAUGGACAGAAAUUGCCCACAUGUGUCAAAAAAGGCAUACAAAUCUCUGAUGUGGACAUGACUACAGUGUGUCUCUCAAAUGUGAACCAAAACCAGUGUAAGUGUGAGAAUCAGUACGUUUGGUCCUCUGAACAAUGCUCUAAACAUGGUGUUUGUGGCCCCAAUCAUAAUGAUACCUGCAGAUGCAUCACUUCUCUUCCAACUGACGGGACGUUCUGCCGGCGACCACCUGCUCCUCUGAAGUUGUUUAAAUAUUCCAUUGACAUAAAAAUCAAUGCUUCAAGAGACGUUGUGAUAGAGCGCUUGAGGGCUUUGAUUCAUGGACAGAAAUUCCCCACAUGUGUCAAAAAAGGCAUAAAAAUAUCUGGUGUGGGUAUCACUACAGUGUGUCUCUCAAAUGUGAACCAAACCCAGUGUAAGUGUGAGAAUCAGUACGUUUGGUCCUCUGAACAAUGCUCUAAACAUGGUGUUUGUGGCCCCAAUCAUAAUGAUACCUGCAGAUGCAUCUCUUCUCUUCCAACUGACGGGACGUUCUGCCAGCGACCACCUGCUCCUCUGAAGUCGUUUAAAUACACCAUUGACAUAAAAAUCAAUGCUACAAGAGACGUUGUGAUAGAGCGCUUGAGGACUUUGAUUCAUGGACAGAAAUUGCCCACAUGUGUCAAAAAAGGCAUACAAAUCUCUGAUGUGGACAUGACUACAGUGUGUCUCUCAAAUGUGAACCAAACCCAGUGUAAGUGUGAGAACCAGUACGUUUGGUCCUCUGAACAAUGCUCUAAACAUGGUGUUUGUGGCCCCAAUCAUAAUGAUACCUGCAGAUGCAUCUCUUCUCUUCCAACUGACGGGACGUUCUGCCAGCGACCACCUGCUCCUCUGAAGUCGUUUAAAUAUUCCAUUGACAUAAAAAUCAAUGCUUCAAGAGACGUUGUGAUAGAGCGCUUGAGGGCUUUGAUUCAUGGACAGAAAUUCCCCACAUGUGUCAAAAAAGGCAUAAAAAUCUCUAGUGUGGGUAUCACUACAGUGUGUCUCUCAAAUGUGAACCAAACCCAGUGUAAGUGUGAGAACCAGUACGUUUGGUCCUCUGAACAAUGCUCUAAACAUGGUGUUUGUGGCCCCAAUCAUAAUGAUACCUGCAGAUGCAUCUCUUCUCUUCCAACUGACGUGACGUUCUGCCGGCGACCACCUGCUCCUCUGAAGUCGUUUAAAUAUUCCAUUGACAUAAAAAUCAAUGCUUCAAGAGACGUUGUGAUAGAGCGCUUGAGGACUUUGAUUCAUGGACAGAAAUUCCCCACAUGUGUCAAAAAAGGCAUAAAAAUAUCUGGUGUGGGUAUCACUACAGUGUGUCUCUCAAAUGUGAACCAAACCCAGUGUAAGUGUGAGAAUCAGUACGUUUGGUCCUCUGAACAAUGCUCUAAACAUGGUGUUUGUGGCCCCAAUCAUAAUGAUACCUGCAGAUGCAUCUCUUCUCUUCCAACUGACGGGACGUUCUGCCGGCGACCACCUGCUCCUCUGAAGUCGUUUAAAUAUUCCAUUGACAUAAAAAUCAAUGCUUCAAGAGACGUUGUGAUAGAGCGCUUGAGGGCUUUGAUUCAUGGACAGAAAUUCCCCACAUGUGUCAUAAAAGGCAUAAAAAUAUCUGGUGUGGACAUCACUACAGUUUGUCUCUCAAAUUCAAACCAAACCCAGUGUAAGUGUGAGAACCAGUACGUUUGGUCCUCUGAACAAUGCUCUAAACAUGGUGUUUGUGGCCCCAAUCAUAAUGAUACCUGCAGAUGCAUCUCUUCUCUUCCAACUGACGGGACGUUCUGCCGGCGACCACCUGCUCCUCUGAAGUCGUUUAAAUAUUCCAUUGACAUAAAAAUCAAUGCUUCAAGAGACGUUGUGAUAGAGCGCUUGAGGGCUUUGAUUCAUGGAAAGAAAUUCCCCACAUGUGUCAAAAAAGGCAUAAAAAUAUCUGGUGUGGGUAUCACUACAGUGUGUCUCUCAAAUGUGAACCAAACCCAGUGUAAGUGUGAGAAUCAGUACGUUUGGUCCUCUGAACAAUGCUCUAAACAUGGUGUUUGUGGCCCCAAUCAUAAUGAUACCUGCAGAUGCAUCUCUUCUCUUCCAACUGACGGGACGUUCUGCCGGCGACCACCUGCUCCUCUGAAGUCGUUUAAAUAUUCCAUUGACAUAAAAAUCAAUGCUUCAAGAGACGUUGUGAUAGAGCGCUUGAGGGCUUUGAUUCAUGGACAGAAAUUCCCCACAUGUGUCAUAAAAGGCAUAAAAAUAUCUGGUGUGGACAUCACUACAGUUUGUCUCUCAAAUUCAAACCAAACCCAGUGUAAGUGUGAGAACCAGUACGUUUGGUCCUCUGAACAAUGCUCUAAACAUGGUGUUUGUGGCCCCAAUCAUAAUGAUACCUGCAGAUGCAUCUCUUCUCUUCCAACUGACGGGACGUUCUGCCGGCGACCACCUGCUCCUCUGAAGUUGUUUAAAUAUUCCAUUGACAUAAAAAUCAAUGCUUCAAGAGACGUUGUGAUAGAGCGCUUGAGGACUUUGAUUCAUGGAAAGAAAUUCCCCACAUGUGUCAAAAAAGGCAUAAAAAUAUCUGGUGUGGGUAUCACUACAGUGUGUCUCUCAAAUGUGAACCAAACCCAGUGUAAGUGUGAGAAUCAGUACGUUUGGUCCUCUGAACAAUGCUCUAAACAUGGUGUUUGUGGCCCCAAUCAUAAUGAUACCUGCAGAUGCAUCACUUCUCUUCCAACUGACGGGACGUUCUGCCGGCGACCACCUGCUCCUCUGAAGUUGUUUAAAUAUUCCAUUGACAUAAAAAUCAAUGCUUCAAGAGACGUUGUGAUAGAGCGCUUGAGGGCUUUGAUUCAUGGACAGAAAUUCCCCACAUGUGUCAUAAAAGGCAUAAAAAUAUCUGGUGUGGGUAUCACUACAGUGUGUCUCUCAAAUGUGAACCAAACCCAGUGUAAGUGUGAGAAUCAGUACGUUUGGUCCUCUGAACAAUGCUCUAAACAUGGUGUUUGUGGCCCCAAUCAUAAUGAUACCUGCAGAUGCAUCUCUUCUCUUCCAACUGACGGGACGUUCUGCCAGCGACCACCUGCUCCUCUGAAGUCGUUUAAAUACACCAUUGACAUAAAAAUCAAUGCUACAAGAGACGUUGUGAUAGAGCGCUUGAGGACUUUGAUUCAUGGACAGAAAUUGCCCACAUGUGUCAAAAAAGGCAUACAAAUCUCUGAUGUGGACAUGACUACAGUGUGUCUCUCAAAUGUGAACCAAACCCAGUGUAAGUGUGAGAACCAGUACGUUUGGUCCUCUGAACAAUGCUCUAAACAUGGUGUUUGUGGCCCCAAUCAUAAUGAUACCUGCAGAUGCAUCUCUUCUCUUCCAACUGACGGGACGUUCUGCCAGCGACCACCUGCUCCUCUGAAGUCGUUUAAAUAUUCCAUUGACAUAAAAAUCAAUGCUUCAAGAGACGUUGUGAUAGAGCGCUUGAGGGCUUUGAUUCAUGGACAUAAAUUCCCCACAUGUGUCAAAAAAGGCAUAAAAAUCUCUAGUGUGGGUAUCACUACAGUGUGUCUCUCAAAUGUGAACCAAACCCAGUGUAAGUGUGAGAACCAGUACGUUUGGUCCUCUGAACAAUGCUCUAAACAUGGUGUUUGUGGCCCCAAUCAUAAUGAUACCUGCAGAUGCAUCACUUCUCUUCCAACUGACGGGACGUUCUGCCGGCGACCACCUGCUCGUCUGAAGUCGUUUAAAUAUUCCAUUGACAUAAAAAUCAAUGCUUCAAGAGACGUUGUGAUAGAGCGCUUGAGGACUUUGAUUCAUGGACAGAAAUUCCCCACAUGUGUCAAAAAAGGCAUAAAAAUAUCUGGUGUGGACAUCACUACAGUGUGUCUCUCAAAUGUGAACCAAACCCAGUGUAAGUGUGAGAACCAGUACGUUUGGUCCUCUGAACAAUGCUCUAAACAUGGUGUUUGUGGCCCCAAUCUUAAUGAUACCUGCAGAUGCAUCUCUUCUCUUCCAACUGACGUGACGUUCUGCCGGCGACCACCUGCUCCUCUGAAGUCGUUUAAAUAUUCCAUUGACAUAAAAAUCAAUGCUUCAAGAGACGUUGUGAUAGAGCGCUUGAGGACUUUGAUUCAUGGACAGAAAUUCCCCACAUGUGUCGAAAAAGGCAUAAAAAUCUCAGGUGUGAACAUAACUACAGUGUGUCUCUCAAAUGUGAACCAAACCCAGUGUAAAUGUGAGAAUCAGUACGUUUGGUCCUCUGAACAAUGCUCUAAACAUGGUGUUUGUGGCCCCAAUCAUAAUGAUACCUGCAGAUGCAUCUCUUCUCUUCCAACUGACGGGACGUUCUGCCGGCGACCACCUGGUCAAUCUAACACAACAAAACCACCUCCUACAACAGAGCUAACAACAAAAGCAACAGUGCCACCAAUGUCAUCAUCGCCUCCACCAACAACAACGGUGGCACCAACAACAACAACACUGGUACCAUCUACAACGGCAGCACCAACAAUAACAACACUGGCACCGACAACAACGACGGCACCAACAACAACAACACUGGCAUCAACAACAAUGGCGGCACCAACAACACCAGCACCAGCAACAACGGCAAAAACAGUAACAACACCAAAUUCAACAACAAAGCCAAAACCAGUAACAACACAGGAUUCAACAACGCAGAAACCAACAACAAUGACAAAAACAAUAACAACACAGAAUUCAACAAUAACGGCAAAAACUGCAACAACCCAGAAUUCAACAACAACGCCAAAACCAGUAAGAACAAAGAAUUCAACAACGCAGAAACCAACAACAAUGACAAAAACAAUAACAACACAGAAUUCAACAAUAACGGCAAAAACUGCAACAACCCAGAAUUCAACAACAACGCCAAAAACAGUAACAACACAGAAUUCAACAACAAUGGUGAAACCAGUAACAACACAGAAUUCAACAACGCAGAAACCAACAAAAAUGCCAAAAACAGUAACAACACAGAAUUCAACAACAACGCUGAAACCAGUAACAACACCAAAUUCAACAACGCAGAAACCAACAACAAUGGCAAAAACAGUAACAACACAGAAUUCAACAACAACGCCGAAACCAGUAAAAACACAGAAUUCAACAACAACGCCGAAACCAGUGACAACACAGAAUUCAACAACAACGCCGAAACCAGUAACAACACAGAAUUCAACAACAACACCAAAACCAGUAACAACACAGAAUUCAACAACAACACCAAAACCAGUAACAACACAUAAUUCAACAAUGCAGAAACCAACAACACCAAAAAGACUAACAACAUGGAAAACAACAACAGUGCCAAAAACAGUAACAACACAGAAUUCAACAGCGCAGAAACCAACAACAAAGCCAAAAACAGUAACAACACAGAAUUCAACAGCGCAGAAACCAACAACAAAGCCAAAAACAGUAACAACACAGAAUUCAACAGCGCAGAAACCAACAACAAAGCCAAAAACAGUAACAACAGGGAAACAAACAAUAACGCCAAACGCAGUAACAACACAGAAGCUUGUAAAUCGUGAGAUGUCACUGGCAAUUGACGAGACUUACGAUGCAAACCUGAAUAACCAAAACAGUGACAAAUUCAAGAAAUACAAAGCAGAUAUUGAGAAGGCAAUCAAAAACAGCUACAACAAUGUAAAUGGUUUCGAUUCUGCUACUGUCACUGGUUUCAGGCCUGGAAGUGUGAUUGUAGACUUCUUUAUUACAUCAUCUGAAGAGAUAAAGACUGAUGACGUGAUAAGCAAAGCAAUUUACAAAAACAUGAAAAGCCUCAAUUUCAGUGUUGAUGUAUUUUCAGUCGCUAAAACUGAUAAGAUAGACAUGCGGAAAAGAGACGCUGUGUUUCCUGAACAAAAUAUGACACUCUCCUGCCCUAACAUCAGCUACCAUGGAAUUAUAGACUGGAGAUUUCAAGGAAAAAAAAUACUGCCAAGCGAUCUAUAUAUUUUCUCACCAGAUACGUUUAACCUAACAGUAAAGAGUGUUGACAUCACUAAUAAUGGUCGUUAUGAAUGUUUGUACAAUACAAGCACAGGACCACAAAUUUUCUGGGACAGAAUUGACUAUAUUAAGCCAUAUCCUAGUAUGCAAGUGCCUAGUAACAAGACAUACAAAUGUGAAAAAGGGGACGUGACACUCGACUGCUGUGUGCAUUCUGAUUACUCAGUCAAGUGGGUGCAGAGCCCAAAAAACAACAAAAUUGAUUCACUGACAUGUAUAACACAACAGUUUCAAAUCACAGCCGAAAGUUGUGCUAAAACUAUCAUAUACACCUGCAAACUGGGCAAUGAAGAACUAUAUGGGUUUUCAUAUAGCUCAAAGGAUGUGAAACUGGUUGUUUCCAAACCGCAAUCCGCAAACAGCCCUGUCACAUGCUACAAUGACAUAUAUGGUUUUGGAGAAGUUGGUGCCAAGGUUAUAGGAGACUGUGGGAAAGACCAAGUUGGCUUCAGAGAAGGAGAAUGUCGUUCUGAUGGCUCUUGGGUAACUAUAAAGGACACCUGUGUGCUUCGUAUCAUUGAUCAACUGCAACAAGAAUCACAGGGUCUAGAUGCUGAAACAUUAACAAAUUUUGUGGAUAAAGUGAACAAUGCCACCAAAGGCAAUAAAGGAGCAAUAGUUCAAUCCGAAGCAACAGUUUCAGCAAUGGUGGAAAUACUUAACAAUAUUGCAGAUGUCACUCAAACUGUUAUGCUGAAUGAAGUUGUGAUAACGAAUUUCCUAAGUAUAGUGGAUGCCAUUUCAUCAGAUACAGCGAAACCUGUAUGGGAACAGCUAAAUUCAAAUGGCGAAAGCCAAGGCAACAGCUCUCAACUCCUGAGUGCCAUUGAAAGUGUUUUAAAAGCGACAUCUGACACCAAUUUCAACAUAACCAGUCCAACCAACUCAUUCCUGUUCAAAAAAGUUACAACAUCCAAAGACUUCAGUGAAGUAUUAAAGCUCAACUCAACAGCUGAAAUAAACAUCCCAGAUAUUGCAUCCAGUAACAACAGCGUUACAGUCACAGUUGUGGCCUUCUCCUCCCUGGGCAAUGUUAUGCCUGCAAGAAAUCGUACCGAUGGCUUAAACACAACUGAAAAUGUCAUCAACGGACUGAUUGUUGUAGUAAAAACAAGCAUAUCUAUCAAAAACAUACAGCUGAACUUUGAAAAACUCCGAAAUUCAGUAACUCUAAAUAAUAAGUCAAUAAACCUAUGGAACCCCCAGUGUGUUUUCUGGGAAUUCAACCUUUAUAAUAAAACUGGAGGAUGGGACUCAACAGGAUGUGAGGUCAUACAAGACAAAGGCAGUGUCACUUGUCACUGUAAUCACACCACUUCAUUUUCAAUACUGAUGUCCCCUUUUGCUCCUCGAGAUCUAGCUUUGUCUGUCAUUACAUACGUUGGUGUUGCUAUUUCGAUAGGCAGCUUGGUUGUGUGCCUGAUCAUCGAAAUUAUCAUCUGGAAGGAAGUCUCUAGAAACUCUACAUCACAUGUUCGCCAUGUAUCCUUAGUCAAUAUUGCUCUUUCUCUCCUGAUCGCUGACAUAUGCUUCAUUAUCGGUGCUGCUAUCGUAAAGCCCGGGACGGACUAUACUAACUCGUGUAGCACUGCAGUGUUUUUCACCCACUUCUUCUACCUGUCGCUGUUCUUCUGGAUGCUGGUCUCAGCUGUUCUGCUCCUCUACCGUACCACUAUGGUCUUCUCUCAAAUGUCCAAAUCGGUCAUGAUGGCAUUAGCCUUCAUUGUGGGCUAUGGUGCACCUCUCCUCAUCUCGGUUAUUACCGUCGCAUCCACAGCUGAAAAUAAACACUACAUCACACAGAAUGAAGCAUGCUGGCUGAAUUGGGACCAGUCUAAGGCCCUUCUGGCGUUUGUCCUACCAGCUCUGGUCAUUGUGGCUGUCAAUAUGAUUACUGUGAUAAUAGUUGUGGUGAAAAUGAUCAGGAGGGGAAUGGGAGAGAGCAACAGAGAUGAAAAAAACACCUUGGUGGUCAUUCUCAGAUGUGUGGCCAUUUUGACACCCAUCUUCGGCAUCACUUGGGGUCUUGGCUUGGGCAUCAUGAUAGAGCCUAAAGCUUUGGCCAUCCACUACUUGUUCGCAAUCUUCAACUCCUUGCAGGGCUUCUUUAUACUGGUUCUUGGAACACUGAUGGAAAAGAAGGUUCGGGAGACACUUAAAAGAAAAUUGAGAAUCACUAGACUCAUUGGAUCCCAUUCCACACAUACUUCAAGCUCUGGAGCCCGUUCCUACGGCAGAAGCAGUUCUUCAAACAGAACAACUUUUACAAAUGUUUUCAACACCCUCAUGAGAAGAGGGAGGCAUGCUGGGGCAAAUUCCUCACACAACUCUGGAGCAUCAGAAAGUUUUUUAAACGCUUAGCUGGACAGACAGGCGCCUUCAUUUCCUGUCAGAAUGUCUUUGUAAUACUGGUUUCAUUGCCACAGGCACAACUUCAAACUGAAACAUUUUGAUUUCUGUCUAGUACAAUGCUUUUCCAAAUGCUUUCUUUCACAGUUGAUUACAUCUUGAAUAUUCAGUUUGUUGGUGAUUCAGAUUGGGCUAUUUAGAUUAAAACAUAUGUUUGUUCCAAAUUAUAUACAGACUGUUUUAUGAAAACAUAAAUUAAAUUCUACCUUUGUCCUUCCAUAAAUCAUUAAAUCCAUAAAUCAAAAA